AAUGCAAACGGAAACUAGUCGGAAAUUGAAAUGUACAAGGUCGCGAUGUGACGGCAGCGGCUGCGUGUUCCACAUAAUCAAAUGCCUAUAUCGGCGUGAUCGCCCGCGCCCAUCUGAUGCAUCAUGCUGUCUUAUACGCGGGCCCUCUCACCUGCGGGGGCUCGAAUGGAGCAGCGAACGGAGGGGCGAGAGUGGAUGGGUGGACAGGAAGAAACAGGCAGCGCGCCGGCGACGGCAAUGCACAUACGGGCGACCGGCCAGGAAAAGGGAACAAUAGGCAGGCCCACGCGAGCGAACGAGCGAACGCUGGCGGCAAGUCCGGGCGAGCCGGAGGCACGCGGCGUCUGCGGACAAGGAUAAGAUCCAGAUUGGGCCGCUGCCCCGGGCCCCCGCCAUAUGCAAUUGCAGACUUCCCACGCCCCACGUUUCUCGACGCCGCCCUGCGAGUGACGUACACCAUCCGCCCGCUCACCUCGUGCGCAGUGCAGUACCUGCUCCGCACCGUCAGCACGUCGUCCUAUGGCCAUCGCAAGUGUGCUGCUCACCGCACGCUCGCUGCUCAGCCCUGCAAAAUGUCUGCCCGUCCGUCAGCACACCAGCCCGGCCAAUCGAUAUCCGCGCAGCAAUGUCUGCACCCUUCACACCGCCGCCACCGCCUUCACAUCGACAUCGCAGCAUCGUCGAACCAGAGCCCGCGCUCUUCACAGCUCAUCCAGCCUUCACAUCGUCGCCGACCCCGACCCGCUCCUCGCAUGGCGCACACCUUCCAGCCUUCCAUCGACAACGGGUGAACUCACAUUCAGAAUGUUUGCGAGUUAGCUUUCUUUAUUCUUGCGACGGCCGACGGACCAACGAAAAGACUGGAAUUAUGGCGAACCUUGAUAUUAUUGGCAGGUGUAUGGGUCGGGCGGAGAGACGCGAGCGAGACGAGUCG